AUGGCAGCGACAGCGGUUGAUGGGCAGGCGGCAGAGGCGGGGCAGGUGGCGGUGGUGGUGACGGUGGCCGACGGCGUGGUCACCAUCCGGCUGAACAGGCCGAAGAAGGGCAAUGCGCUGACGCCGGCGGCAGUGGAGGCGCUGCGAGCGGCGGUGGCGGCGGCAGGCGACGACACGGCGGUCCACGCCGUGGUGGUGACCGGGACCGGCAAGUACUUUUGCACCGGCAUGGACUUGUCAGCUGGCAACCAGGAGGCGAUGCGGGCCAAGGCCGGACGGGCUGAUGGGCGCGAUGGGGCCGGCGGCGGGAAGGGCGUGGCCGACUUUAUCGGCGUUUUUGAGGAGCUGGCCACGCUGGCCAAGCCCACGCUGGCGGUGCUCAAUGGGCCGGCGCUGGGCGGUGGUGUUGGCCUUGCCUUUGCCUGUGAUCUGCGGGUGGGCAAGGCCGAUGACUACAUCGCCUUUACCGAGGUCAAGCGCGGCCUGGUGCCGGCGAUGAUCUCGACUUACAUUGUGCCGCAGCUCGGCCCGUUCUUCUCACGCGAGCUGAUGCUGACCGGACGGCGGACGUCGCUGCAACGGCUGUACGAGAUGGGCGCCAUGACGAAAGUGGCCGAGAGCGAGGCCGGUGUGGAGCUGUUGGUGGCGACGCUGAUGGACGAGCUGCGGACCUCAGCGCCCGCGGCGAUGGCGGCAACCAAGAAGCUCAUCGGCUUUGUCGCCACGCACCCGCACGCCGAGGCCAUGGCGGAGGCUGUCGGCGUCUUCAAGGCCUCGCUCCGAUCGCCCGAGACUCUGCACGGCCUUGAGGCGUGGCGCAAGCGCCAGGCACCCGACUGGAAGCCUUUCCGGCUCGGAUCGAAGCUAUAA